CGACCAGCACAUACUUCAAGCUCGUUCUUCAGCUCACACACACACACAGAGACACCACACACACACAUUCUGCUGGAUGUUCUGGAUUUUUGCUGGGGUUUGGAGGGGAUGUUGCGGACGAGGAGCUUGUUUGAGACGGUGACCUCUGCGUUCCUCAUCGCCACACUCAGCCAUGCUGCUCCGCUGCCCACAUCACUGAACGUCUCGAUACAGUCGGAGAACAUGAGGCACAUCCUGAAGUGGAGCUCUCUGCAGGACGCCUGCUGCUCCGUCAACUACACUGUACGCUAUCAGGGUGAGUUUGAAUACAUGCAGAAUGCCAGGUGGCAGGACGAACCCUUGUGCGUCGACAUCGUCAGGACCGAGUGUGACCUGACCGUCGCCCUGAGCUCCGACUCCGAUUACAACAUCAGCGUGCUCACUCGGUGUGACGACGCCACGUUAUGGACCCAGCUCCCUAAAUCCUUCAACCGCAGAGACACUGUGCUGCUGGCUCCGAAAAUGGACGUGCGCCAGAGAGACGGCCAAAUCGAAGUUUUGUUCGGCGAGCGCCAGAAUCACAUCAACAUCAACCUUAAAAUUUGGAAGGAAGGAGACGAGCAGAACGCUUCGAUUAGGGAGAUAACAGGCCAAAGGUUCCAUUACGAUGUCUGGCAGGAAGGAGGAGGAGGAGGAGUAUACUGUGUGAAAGCGGAGGCCGUACUGGACCUCAGCAACAAGCAAAACAGCACGGAUAAACGCUGUGUCCAGGUCCAGGAACCGGAACCUCCGUGGCUCAUCCCGGUCGCUGCGGGCGUCGUGGUCACCUUGAGCCUCGUGCUGGCUUUGAUUCUGGGCUUAAUGACCCCACGCUGUAGCUUCUGGCUCCGGAAGUUUGUGCUUAAGAAAGAGCCACUUCCUGGAGCGCUGCUUGACUGGACAAAACCACCGAUAUACAUCUUCAUAGAACCGCAGGAGUCGACACACACUGUUUCACUGCUAGGUCCAUCACAAGAGCCGGACAGAACGUUAGAAGUGAAGGAGACGUGUGAUGAAGAGAUGUGUCCAUGAGGGUGACGUCUGAUCGACAGAUCAAUAUUGAUGAAGUAUGAUUUCAAUAGCAGUGGUCAUGAUGCUGAUAUGAAGGAUGUUUACUGAUUGAAAGAAAAACAACUUUCUUAUACGUUUAUUUAUUGCUCUGCGUCAUCUGGAGACGUCACUGAGGAACUGAAUUUUGAAGGCUCCUGAGUGGUGUAAGAGAGAAACAUUUGCAUGGAGAUUGUGAGAGUGAAUUGUGAUGAUGCAGCAGCCAAUCAGAGCCCGGGAGCCAAGGAAGCAAAUAUUACCCAUGCUCUCUGGGGGGGAGGAGUAUCCUCUCUAUGUCUCCUGUCAAUCACAGUGACACUAGCCAAUCGUAAUGAGCUCUUGUAUGAAGAAAAGGUGCAUUCCUUGGAUUGUGCUAUACUGCCGUUGACACCAAACGCGUCUGACUGAUGGCACACGUGUCUGAUUGACGCCAAACAACAUGCCUUAUCGACACCAAACACGUCCAAUCUUUUGAUGGCAACAAACACGUCUGAUUGACACUAAACAUGUCUGAUUGAUGCCAAGCACAUUUGAUUUAGAUUAAACAUGUCUAACUGAUGCCAAACAUGUCUGAUUGAUGUCAAGCAAAAUGUCUGAUUGACACCAAACACAUCUGAUUGACACCAAACAUUCAUUCUGUCAUUCGUGUCUGAUUGAUGCCAGGAGAAUGUCUGAUUGACAAUAAACACAACUGAUUAAUGCCAAACACAUUUGAUUGACACCAAACAUGUCUAAUUCAUGCCAAGCAAACACAUCUGAUUGAUUAACACUAAACAUGUCUGAUUGAUGCCAAACACAUCUCAUUGACCAGACCUGGUAUUUAGGGAGUCGAUGACUUUAGCACAAAAGUAAUGUUAAUUUAUAUGUGUUAAGUUCUGCAUAUCAGUCAGUAUAAUUUGGCACUUAGGCUGAUUUUCUACUAAAAAUAUUUU